CAACAGCCAACACAAUCCUCGGCUAGCAUUUCUCCCCAAAUUCCCCCAUCCACCGCGAAUUCGAGCAGCCUCGCCCUCACCGCAACCCAUGGCGCCCAAGGCUGAGAAGAAGCCCGCCGCCAAGAAGCCCGCGGAGGAGGAGCCGGCGGCCGAGAAGGCGGAGAAGACCCCGGCGGGGAAGAAGCCCAAGGCCGAGAAGCGGCUGCCGGCCGGCAAGUCCGCCGGCAAGGACGGCGAGAAGAAGGGCAAGAAGAAGGCGAAGAAGAGCGUGGAGACCUACAAGAUCUACAUCUUCAAGGUGCUGAAGCAGGUGCACCCCGACAUCGGCAUCUCCUCCAAGGCCAUGUCCAUCAUGAACUCGUUCAUCAACGACAUCUUCGAGAAGCUGGCGGCGGAGGCGGCCAAGCUCGCGCGGUACAACAAGAAGCCCACCAUCACCUCCCGCGAGAUCCAGACCUCGGUCCGCCUCGUCCUCCCCGGGGAGCUCGCCAAGCACGCCGUCUCCGAGGGCACCAAGGCCGUCACCAAGUUCACCUCCUCCUAGGUUAUAGCUAGGCCCCGCCUGUGUAGACUCCUGUCUCUUGUUCAUGUGCAACCUGCUCAGCGCAGUUACGGGAUUUGGUUCCGACGGAUGGUGUAGUUAUAUAUUCUGGAUGUAUUCUCUCAUGUAGGAAGUACCUGUUUUGAUUUGAACAGAGAUGUUAUCUGAUGGAAUAGCAAUGGUGUUUAUUUAACUCAGC